CUGUGGUAAACACUGUGUCGUAUGGACCUUCUAGAAUAUCAUUGAUCACAUCCAAGCAUAUGCCAUAUGGUAUACUUUUCUAUCCGUUUGAUAACGACAUUCGCUUAUAUCGAUAGAUUGUUCAGUACGUGUAUAGAUGUCAAAUCUAAAGGACAAACAUACAGGAUGCUUGUGUAACAUGGAUUAUUUCGUUAGGACUUUAUUAUUGAUGUGGCCUAUAUUAAUAGGCAUUGCCUUUCAAGGAGUCAAAACGCAGGACUUGUCAAUGAAAUUUAAAAACGCAUCUGAGGCUAUCGAAAAACUGCUGGACGGAUACGACAUUCGACUAAGGCCUGAUUUUGCAGGUGAACCGUUGUCAAUUGGAAUUGAAGUUAUUUUGGCAAGCUUUGAUGCUAUAUCAGAAGUUAAUAUGGACUACACAAUAACUAUGUACCUGAACCAGUACUGGGAGGACAACAGACUCGCUUUUUCUAGUAACCAAACAGACAGUAUGACACUCUCAGGAGAUUUUGCGGAGAAAAUUUGGGUCCCUGAUACAUUUUUCGCCAACGACAAAAAUUCGUUUUUACAUGAUGUCACAGAAAAGAACAAAAUGAUCAGACUUUUUGGAAAUGGUUCAAUUAUUUAUGGAAUGAGAUUUACCACGACGUUAGCCUGCAUGAUGGAUUUGCAUCAUUAUCCGCUGGAUGUUCAAAACUGUACUGUGGAAAUAGAGAGUUACGGUUAUGCCAUGUCAGAUGUUGAACUCUACUGGAGAACUGAAUCCGUUCACAAUGUUGAUAAUGUUGAAUUGCCACAAUUUGACGUCGUCGAGUAUAAAGCAAUCAAUAAAAUAGAAUCAUUAUUAACAGGAAAAUACCAAAGGUUGUCACUGAGUUUUAAGCUACAGAGGAAUAUUGGCUACUUUGUAUUCCAGACGUACCUUCCAUCGAUCCUCAUCGUAAUGCUAUCCUGGGUUUCCUUUUGGAUCAAUCAUGAAGCGACUUCCGCAAGAGUAGCUUUAGGUAUUACCACAGUUCUGACAAUGACUACAAUUAGCAAUGGCGUAAGGUCCUCAUUACCACGUAUAUCAUACAUCAAAGCAAUAGACAUAUAUUUAGUUAUGUGCUUUGUGUUUGUAUUUGCCGCAUUACUCGAAUAUGCAGCUGUGAAUUACACAUACUGGGGUGCACGCGCAAAGCGGAAAGCUAAGAAAGCGAAGGAUGGAGGUGCUACAAGUAUCAUACGAGGUCCAAGAGUGGAAAGAAAUUCAAAAGAAAUAGAACCAGAAACCUGUAUAGAAGAAGCAAACAACGUGAAUAUUUCACCUUUACCAGCCAUUCGUAACAGCUACCAACACGUGUUUAAUUUUGAGACAGAAGUGGCAAAUGAACAACCAGUUAUCAGAAUGGCGCCUGUGCUUCCACGAACUUGUGUUGCGAAAGGAUAUACACCUAAUACUGUGCUCAAAAGACGCAAUGGAAAUCUCGCGCAAAAGAGAAAACUGCUUUCAACUGUUAGACAAACUGCUAAGAGUUUGAAACCAAAGUUGCCGGUAGUGAGGGAUGUUAAUGUAAUAGACAAGUACGCUAGACUUCUCUUUCCAUUGUUGUUUAUCAUGUUUAAUAUCACAUACUGGGGUUAUUAUUUGAUCAAGCAAUAUCAAUUUCACCGGUGACAGCUGUACUUCAUACGUUUAUUUUUCUUCAUUUUUUCAACUAUUUCAAUGAUUUAAUCAAAAAUGAAAUUAAAUUAUGUUGUUUUGUAAAGAAAAAAAUCACUCUGAUCGACAUCAUAUUGUACCUAUGCAAUUAAUUCAAAUAAAUUAUUUGUCCAUCUUAAGGUAAAAUGUUUUAAAAUAAGUAAAAUAUUAAUAAAUAUCAGAAAAAUACAAUGAGAAGGCAUUUCUCAACAAAGUUUUAAAGACAGUUUCUAACACAUGCCAUUGGUCUUACUUCUUAUAAACACCAACUUAAUUCAUACGUAUACAUGUCACAAAUUCUUUUCUAUUUUUUGUUUGCAUUUAUAUUUCAACCUUUAUUUGAAUUACACCUCUGUACUAAAUUGUCAUGAAUUCUUAGUAGAUUCUAAUAUCAGUUGCAUCCAGACUACAUGCAUGUUCAAUUUUAAAUUUACUAAAAAUGAAGACGACAGGUCAAACUUUAGCAAUACAUGUAUAUUUAUAAGAUUAUUCUUGAUUCAGUUUUUUUUUGCCUUGAAUUCUCCUGAUUAUUAUGAAUAAAUAUGAUACUUCCAACUUACUAUAAACAAAUAUCAAACGAAACCUUUCCAUCUUCCUAAAAUUUAUACCAAGGGAAAUUUCGAUCUUAUUUGAGAUAAAUAGCACACAAAAAACUUUAGUUAUCUGUAAGUACAAUAUCCUUUUGAAAAUCUUUUGUAAACGUAAAAUCAAUAUUGUAAAUGUGCAUAAAUGCGUACUAACUUUAGUAUCGUUUGUAUAUUAAAUUCUUUGUAUAGUAUGGUGUCUGAUUUGUGCCAUUUCGUCUUUUCGCCCUACGGCCGCUGGAUAGCAGGGGCGCGAAACACGAUAAUCAGCGGGUACAAAAGAUUUUAGACUUCGAACAGCAGGGUCCCGCAGCGAAAAGUCGACGUAAACAGAACGCUUGACAUGGAAAUGGAAGAUGACACCACUUGUAUUACUAUAAGGGAAGGCGACACACUAAUUACUAUAAGUGAAGGUGACACCACUUGUAUUACUGUAAGGGAUUACUGUAAGGGAAGGUGACACCACUUGUAUUACUAUAAGGGAAGGUGACACCACUUGUAUUACUAUAAGGGAAGGUGACUUCACUUGUAUUACUAUAAGAGAAGGUGACACCACUUGUAUUACUAUAAGGGAAGGUGACACCACUUGUAUUACUAUAAGGGAGGGCGACACCACUUUUAUUAUUAAAGGGAAGGUUACACCACUUGUAUUACUGUAAGGGAUUACUGUAAGGGAAGGUGACACCACUUGUAUUACUAUAAGGGAAGGUGACUAUGUAGUACGUAAUUGAGUAAUUAAGACAGUAACGACUUUAUUUUGAGUGAAUGAUAUACAUGGCGCACUAGGUUUUAGUGUGGGGCACUAUAAACACUUGUACAUACUCAGUCGUACAAUGUCAAUUAUGUUUCAAGAGAGUACAUCCUUAACAUGUUUUGUUUAGAUGUGUUAAAACUGUAACGCUCCGAGUUUUUACAUCUGCGACACUAACUGAAAUACA